AUGCAUCCUGCACAAAGAACGUUUGGAAAUCUGUGUAGUAAAAGAUUCGUCUCCCGUAUGUCCAUUAAAUCCCAAAAAGAGUCACAAGAAGAAGCUGAAACGCAGAACCGACAUGAGCCCAAGGACUUUAAAAUCAAGAAUGCACCAAAAUUAGCAACUCUCGCUCAUCGUCUACGUUUAGCAAUAUAUGAAGGUAAAUCCGUCAACCUCAAAAAAAAUGACGCCUUAGGUAAAGCUAUGACAAGUGCCAUAGAACAGGGAAUGCCACGUAACGAUGCACAAAAAAUUUUAGAAAAUUUCAGAAAGGAAAACGACCACUUACACACACACCUAAUACAAAUACGAUAUAUGCACAAAAUUUACGUAAUAAUUACUGCGUGCAGCGAGUCCCUGCAGAACCUUCAACUGAAAUUGAAACCUACAUUAGAGCGAUAUGAAGCUGCUUUUGGAUAUGUUAUGCCAUUUUUCAACAACACUAGCGAUAUUGAGGCACUGGUGUCAUUCAAGACGGCUGCUGACUUUCAGAAUUUGGAAAACACCCUCAAAUGCGAUGGGCGUGCUUGUAAAGCAAGAUCGAUUGAAAUGUUGGACUCCGAAACUGGCGCUGUCAGUUUUAAGUGCAAUCCCAUGGAAUUAUUGUCGGCUUGUAAAAUCUUGCAGCAGAGAAAGUAUGUGAUUUUGCAUGUAGCUUAUGAUUUCGUGCCUAAAUCACGUGUAAUUCUGUGUCAUCAUGAACGACAAGUGUACGAGCAAUUUCUAAAGAGAAUAUGGAAGCUGACAAACAUAUUAAAUGUUUAUGAUAAUGUCAAUAAGAAAAGUCUUUAA